AUGGUGAACAAAUCUAAGCUUGCUAUUCUGAACUGGGUGUUUCCUUUUCUUUUCAAUUUACCAAACUUCAUUCAGACAUUGAGCGUAUCAGAAAAGAUUACUCACGACAGGCGGAUUCCCAAUGCUUUGUGGAAACGGACAGACCAUCUCCUACAAUCUCAAAAAGAGAAAACUGUCUUGCGUUUUCGCUUCGGCCUCAAACAGUCCAACAUUGAUAACUUAUACGACGAGUUAAUGAGAGUUUCUUCUCCAGAGUCACCACACUACGCCGAUCAUUGGGAUUCAGACAAGGUUUCGCGUUUCUUUUCUCCCUCAAACGAAACCAUCGGCGAAGUGUUGAAGUGGCUGAAGAAAGAAGACAAAGGGUUCAAAAAGGUCGAGCUGAGCAGAAGCCGGGCCUGGGUUCACGUCCACAUGAGUAUUGACCAAGCUGAAAAACUUUUGGACACCAAGUUUUAUAAAUACAUCCAUACGGACGACCACACCACUCAUUUAGCCUGCGAGCAAUAUAAGAUACCGGGUCAUCUUUCUUCACACAUCGACAUUGUCCUUCCUAGUGUACAUUUUGAUACAGUGCCAGUCACGAACAAGUACAGCUCUAUGAAUGAUAAUCAAGCUUCGAACUCCCUUCAGAAUGACAGGAAGAUGAGCCAAUCAUGGCCCACAGCAAGACAUGUUGGAUAUCCCAAUAGUGGUAACAUUCCUAAGCACUCGACCAUUUUAAAUCACCAUCAACUUGAGAGAGUUCGUCGCGGAGUUUCUAACUGCGGGAAUGUUAUAACCCUAGACUGUCUGAAUGAAGUUUCUCUCGAAUUUCUUAGAGCUCUGUACAAGUUUGGACGUUAUAAAAUCAAACACCCACAAAAUAACAGCUUGGCUAUAGUCGAAUUUACCCCUCAAUCGGUCCUUUACAGCGACCUAGAUCAUUUCUUCUCAAACUUCUCUCCCCAAGCCAAAGGUUCACGUCCAAGCUUGGUACCUAUCGACGGUGGAAUUGUGGAUCAAGAAGAUCAAGAUUUUGGCUUGAAUGGUGAAAGCAACCUGGAUCUUCAGUAUUCCAUGCCCUUUGUUCACCCCCUUAAUGUUUCGCUAUACCAAAUCGGAGAUACCGACAUGGGUGGUAGCUUCAACAACUUCCUCGAUGCACUCGAUUCUAGCUACUGUGAAGGUCAUUUGGAUCCGUUACAGGACGGCGUAUACCCAAAUCCACGAGGAUAUAAUCAUCGAGAUUGUGGUACAGUGAAGCCUGCCAACAUAAUAUCAAUUUCAUACGGCAUGAACGAAGCGGAUGCAACCCACGCAUAUUUGACACGUCAAUGUAAUGAAUACGGAAAGCUGGGAUUGAUGGGGGUUACCUUUAUCUUUUCAUCUGGUGACAACGGAGUAGCUGGAAACCGUGGCAUAUGUUUGAAUCGAGACGGGACUCAAAGUGAGAAUGGACCACUAUUCAAUCCAUCCUUCCCAGGUACUUGUCCAUACGUCACCAGUAUUGGUGCAACUCAACUCCCGGCUGGAAAGACUGUAAACGACUCAGAGGCAGCAUGUUACACUCGUAUUCGUAGUGGCGGAGGUUUUAGUAAUUUGUUCAAAUUACCUCAAUACCAAUCAAGAGUCAUGAAGACUUAUUUCAAAAGACAUCCUCCACCUUACAAUCACAAUACGUUUAACGCAUCAAGAUCUACUCGAGGUUUUCCAGACAUCAGCGCCAAUGGAGCAAACUACGUGGUAGCAGUUGUAGGACGAUUUGGUUUGGUGUAUGGUACUUCUGCAUCUGCACCGGUGGUCGCUUCGAUCUUGACUAUGAUCAAUGAUGCGAGAAUGGCGCGUGGAAAGAAAACAAUCGGGUUCAUCAACCCUACUCUUUAUUCAGCGCGUUUUCAGGAAGCAUUCAAUGAUAUCACAAAUGGCUCGAAUCCUGGAUGCGGCACAGAUGGAUUCUCUGCUGUUCCUGGAUGGGAUCCUGUCACAGGAUUGGGUACAUUGGACUUCUCCAAAUUGCUUCCACUAUGGACAAAGCUCCGUUAA